CAGAAAUGGUUCACGUGCUCUGGUUCGGCGCAGGUGGUGAAGAGCGCGGUGGACUUGGAAUGGACAUCGCAUGCCACAAGUGCACAACCGAAUCGCGGCCUUUUUGGUGUGUAACUGCCGUUGUGUCUGAACUGGAAGUCACGCCCAGCAGCAUCCAAGACAAACUGCAAGUCGAGCUCAACCGCAUUAUCCAUGAGCGAGAGGCGCUGGUCAAAGCGUCUUGGAGAGGCGAGGCCCUUAUCGAGAAGCUCGGAGCCGACAAAACCAUCUUGCAAACCUCGCUCGAUUGCACCGUCUCCCAGGCGCAGAUUGAGAUUGCCCGGCUUCAAAAGGACCACGCCACCAUCAGACAUCAGCGAAGUUGCAGACUCGGCUGGAGGAACAGCACACUCUGGCCAUGGCCGGCCUCCCCCCAUCAACCGUGAAACAAACACAAUGCUCGUCGGCACCGCCCUCCCUCUCUGAUGCAUUCUU